AUGGCAACCCACGUUUUAGAUGUCGGCCUGGCUCCAAAUGCUGCCAAGGCUAGUAACACCUUUGCAUCUAAUCUCUUCCGAGUGUUGAGUGAGGGAGGAGGCUCUAACAACAACAUCUUCUUUUCUCCUCUGAGCAUUUCAACUGCACUUGCUAUGACCUUCAUGGGGGCACGUGGUGAGACAGCAAGCCAGAUGAGUCAAGUACUUCACUUCAACGUCUUGGAAGAAUCUGUUCUCCAUCAGUCAUUUGCUGACCUGAGUGCUCUGUUUUUCCGUGCUGACGUUCCACGUGGUGAGACAGCGAGCCAAAUGAGUCAAGUUCCUCCCGCCAACAGUUCAGAAGAAUCUGUUCCUCGUCAGUUAUUUGCUCACCUGAUGGAUCCGUAUCUCCGUGCUGCAAUUCCUUGCACUCUGGUAACUGCCAACAGAUUGUUUGGUCCGAAGGGUUUGGAUGUCCUUGCGACAUUUGUUGAUGACAGCAAGAAAUACUACGGAGCCAGUAUGGAGACACUUGAUUUCAUUGGUGAUGGGGAAGGUUCUCGUCAACACAUCAACUCCUGGGUGGAGAAGCAAACUGCAAACCGCAUCAAAGACUUACUUGCUGCAGGAUCUAUCGAUGCUAUGACUUGCUUGGUGCUGGUCAAUACUAUCUACUUCAAAGGAGAUUGGGCUGCCAAGUUUAGAUAUCAGGACACAAAUUUUAAUGGGACGUUCCGUACUGGGGGUGGGUACAAGAAUGUUACCAUGAUGCACAAGACAGGCAAGUUCAACUACGCUCGUGACGAUUCCGUGAGCAGUUCUAUCCUGGAACUACCUUACCUCAAGAAUGAAGUGAGCAUGUUCAUUGUGCUACCUGAUCAAGUGGAUGGGCUGGCUGAUGUGCAGAAGAAGUUGAGUCAAGAGAAGAUUGACUCCUGGGUGACAGAAGCUCGUAUGCGUGACAGCCCUAAAGUCAUGGUGUAUCUUCCAAGGUUUAACCUGGAGCAGGACUUUGUCUUGAAAGAUGUCUUGAGGAAGAUGGGUAUGAAUGAUCCAUUUGAUGUUGCCAAGGCUGACUUCUCAGGGAUGACAGGAGACAAAGAUGUCUUCAUAUCCAAAGUGAUCGACAAGGCUUCCUUAACGGUGAACGAAGAAGGCAGUGAGGCAGCAGCAGCUACUUCUUGGCUUGUGUGGAUGUCUUGCGAUUUUGGACCUCUUCAAUUCAUGGCAGAUCAUCCAUUCUUGUUUUUUAUACAUGACAAUAAAUCCGGAGCAGUUCUUUUCAUGGGACAGCUGUGCCAACCAUAACAGUAGACUUUAAUUGUGUGGCGAAGUACGGAGACUUGUCAAUGACUGAAGAGCUGGUGUCUUGAAUAACCUAAACUAA